AGUAGAGUCUCUACUAGCCAUAACAUUGCUUUUAUUUGGAAGGUUUCUUCAUUUCCGAAAGAACGUGACGUCAUCAUUUGUGCUGCUGGUAGAAUACUAGUUCUGGGUGAUAAAAAAAAUAUCGUUCUGUGUGAUGUCACCGCGGCGGAGAUAGUUAUCCUCGCACUUAAAUAAAGAGAGUAGAGGAAAUCACGAUGAGGGCAGACUGUGUGCACCGAGUCCUUUCCAUGGGUUGUCGAUGGUGAAAUAUCUAUUUCGUUGGAGCGCAAAUAAAUAACAUUCUCGUAACAAUCAUUGUUCUACACAUUGGACUAUGCUAUGAGAACAGGGCCCAGCGAUGACUGAUGUGGAGCCUGUUGUCACUGAUUUUGCAGCCACGGGGAGGACUGGCCGGAGGAACGCUGUACCCGAUAUCACUGGGGCAGGGCCUGCUGACCUGUCAGACAAACUAGCAGAGCUCUCUGUUGUAGAUGAUGGAGGAGAAGGCGGAGAGUGCACGUCCUCUGGAAGCCCACCGAAUUGCCCUAUAGAGGGUGAGGAGAAGGCGGAGGGGACGUAAUAGGGCCGUGGUCUCUGGCUAACUGACUACAAGAGAAGAUAGAGAACAAGAGAGAGACUGGCUCUACUACGGCCCCUUCUCCUCAAACCAACCCCAUUGACUAGACAACUGUAAUCGUCAUGCACUGUGCUAUGCAAUGUCAGGACACCUAUGAUGGAAACUUAAAUAUUUGGGUGGAAAAGGGAGAGCACUAUAAAACAAGAAAAGGCUGUUUCUUUAUAAGUUAAGGGGUUAUUCGUUCAAGAUUACCCAUAAUUUAUUACAUGUACAGAGAAUGAAACUGCACUUAUGUCCGGUUCAUAUUAGCAUAUGAAGUGAACUGGUGAAGUGGCAUGACUGAAAAAGGCCGUUUUUAUUUGAGCAAGAGGGACUUGUACAUACUUUGCAUACGGAGCUAUUCCAAUGAAUGCAUUUUUUCUCAGAAUGUUAAAAUGUAGUUGCAGGAAUGUUUAUAUUUGCACAACAAAAUAAUAAACAUUCCACUUGGUGAUGUAAGUCAAAUUUGUAUCUUACAUUUGUCGUUUAUUAGAGCACUACAGUGCAACCUCUACUUUGUGUGUUUUUUACUGUUAGAAUAUGCAUAGUUAACAACUGAGUUAUUAGAAACCAAAAAAAGAUAUGUAUUUUUGGGCAGUAAAUAGUUUUACAUUAUAGUUGCCACCCAUUAAAGAUGCAUUACAAUGUCCACUCCAGCUAAUAAACAUAAUGCUUUAUAUACGGCAUUGUGGUAAAUAUUUUUCAGAUGCUAUAAUAAAAAAUAAAAUAAA